AAGUUGAACACCCCCCCGCCAUCACCACCACCAUGGGUCCUCCUCUCUCCCACUUACUUGCUCUGUAUUCUGUCUAGGUGCUGGAGUGACAACGAGCCAUUCAUUGUGGAGGUAGAGCAAAAAAAGACUCUGGAUCUUUCCUGUGUCUUUUUUUGGGAGACGGUGGGAGUCGGAGGGGACGGGGGGGACGGCAGGGGCUGGUAAAGUGGGAGGUGCACUGCUAAACAGGAGGGCAGGAGUAUACUCCUGAAAUGGAGAAAUGUGACAGAUAAGAGGAAAUGUAAUGAGUUAGACUGGGGGAAAAAAGUAAGAGAGGGUUGAGUAAAGAGUAAGGUGCAGAGGGAGCGAGCGAUGGAGGGAGGGGAGAGAGGUUGCGAUUGAGGUUUGAGGCAGAACUGGAAGCACAGAAGGAAGGGAGGGGGAGAGAGAGAGAGGGCUACCAUGCCGAAUGAGCAGGAGAGGCGGAGAGGAAGCAGAGCUCCAUCAGAUGAAAUGAGGUGAAAGUAAUUCAGGCAUUAAUCAAGCCAGGGCAAAAGGGAGGGUAUACUGUUUUCUCGCCCCCCCAUCCCCUCCCUUUUUUUUUUUGCUGCGGAACUGAAAGACAAGGUGUGAAUGAAGGAGCCUGCAGUGGCCUGCAGAGAAGCACCACCGGGUCACAGCAUCAAAUCAUGUCCGAGUCGAACAUCGUCACGGCUUCCACCGCAGACCAGAAUGGAGCCGUUCCAGGGGAGCCCGUGAAGAAGGAUGAAAACUCCCGGAGGGGGAACUGGGGCAACCAGAUCGAGUUUGUCCUCACAAGUGUGGGCUAUGCAGUGGGCCUGGGCAACGUCUGGAGGUUUCCCUAUCUCUGCUACAGAAAUGGAGGAGGUGCAUUCAUGCUGCCAUACUUUAUCAUGUUGGUAUUCUGCGGCAUCCCUCUCUUCUUUCUCGAGUUAUCCUUCGGUCAGUUUGCCAGCCUCGGGUGUCUGGGUGUCUGGAAGAUCAGCCCUAUGUUCAAAGGUGUUGGUUACGGCAUGAUGGUGGUGUCCACCUACAUCGGGAUCUACUACAACGUGGUCAUAUGCAUCGCCUUCUACUACUUCUUCAUGUCCAUGACGAACCUGCUGCCCUGGACGUACUGCAACAACCCCUGGAACACGCCGGACUGCAGCGGGGUGGUCGGCAGCGGCGCCCAGCUGAACGGCAGCCUGGUGAACGCCACCGCCAGCCUGGUAGCCGGGGUGACGGAGGUGGUCAACCGCACCAAGAGGACCAGCCCCAGCGAGGAGUACUGGAAGCACUACGUACUGAACAUCUCCGAUGACAUAGGAAACUUCGGGGAGGUCCGCCUCCCCAUCCUGGGCUGCCUGGCUAUUUCCUGGUUCGUGGUUUUCCUCUGCCUCAUCAGGGGCGUGAAGUCUUCAGGAAAGGUGGUGUAUUUCACAGCCACGUUCCCUUAUGUCGUUUUGACUAUUCUGUUCAUCCGUGGGAUCACAUUGGACGGCGCUAUAAACGGCAUUAAGUACUACCUGACUCCACAGUGGCAGAAGGUUCUUGAUGCAAAGGUGUGGGGAGACGCCGCCUCGCAGAUCUUCUACUCCCUGGGCUGUGCCUGGGGCGGUCUCAUCACGAUGGCUUCUUAUAACAAGUUCCACAACAACUGUUUCAGAGACAGCAUCAUCAUCAGCAUAACUAACUGUGCCACCAGUGUGUACGCCGGCUUCGUCAUUUUCUCCAUCCUGGGCUUCAUGGCGCACCACUUGAAUGUCCCGGUGUCUGAAGUGGCUGAUCACGGACCCGGCCUGGCCUUCGUGGCGUACCCUGAAGCCCUCACCCUGCUGCCAAUCUCACCUCUGUGGUCGCUGCUGUUCUUCUUCAUGCUCAUCCUCCUGGGGCUGGGAACUCAGUUCUGCCUGCUGGAGACGCUGGUGACGGCCAUCGUGGACGAGAUCGGCACAGACUGGAUUAUCAGAAACAAGACCGUGGUCACACUCUCGGUGGCCGUCGUGGGUUUCCUGCUGGGCGUCCCGCUCACCACGCAGGCAGGAAUCUAUUGGUUGUUGCUGAUGGACAACUACGCUGCCAGUUUCUCUCUGGUCAUCAUCUCCUGCAUCAUGUGUAUCUGCAUCAUGUAUAUCUAUGGUCACAGGAACUACUUCAAGGAUGUUGAGAUGAUGCUGGGCUUCCCUCCUCCUCUCUUCUUCAAAGUCUGCUGGAGAUUCAUCUCACCUGUCAUUAUCUCUUUCAUCCUGAUCUUCACGGUCAUCCAGUACAAGCCCAUCACUUACAAUGACUACGUGUAUCCCGGCUGGUCCCUGGCUAUUGGCUUCGCCAUGGCCCUGUCCUCAGUGAUUUGCAUACCCAUAUAUGGCCUGUACAAGAUUUCCAGGUCUCCAGGGGCCACCUUUAGAGAGCGGUUGAAGCACGCCUGCCAAGCACAUCCGAAGUGGGGCCCGGCCCUGGCAGAGCACAGAACAGGCCGCUACGCCCCCACGGCCCCCGCUGACACCAUCGAGGCCCGGCCCAUGAAGGAGAAGAAGGAGAAAGAGAAGGAGAAGGAGGAGCUAAGAGAAGAGCACAAGGAGGAGGAGAAAGCGAAGGAGACGGAGAAAAAGGAUGAGAUCAGCCUCACCAUCCAGGGAAGCAACGGCUCCACCAACACACACAACAACCCCAACCCCAGUGCAUAGACGCCGCCUCUCUCUGUCAGCGCUACUGGGCCACCGUCUCCUCCUUCUCUUCCUCCCUUCUCCUCACUUCUCCUCCAUCCUCUCCCUACUUUCCCACAGUCCUCUGUGGGGGAGAUCCCAUUCGCUGGAGACCUUUACAUAUUGUAAGGGCUUAUUAUAUCUAUCCUAACCUCUUCUAUCUGUCUGCGUGUUAUCUCUAGACAAAAGAAGAAGAAGAAAAAAAAUGAAAGGACCAAGGAAUUUGGGUCAUCAUCCAAAAGGUCUGCUUGUAAGCCACAAGCGUGCAAGCGUGCGUUUAUGUGUGCCGGGAGUGAGUUGUUGAUUUGUACCGCAUAAUUUAAUAAUGGAGUUUGUUCUUCCUUUCAUUUCAUUUUUUUUUUUCUUUUUGGUGUAAAACGUGUAAAUGUCAUCCUCAUCAUCAGCAGUUAGAGGUACAGUAGAUCGUGGAGCUGCAAUGUGCUCGUUUUGUGCGCGUAGUCGCAAAGAGACGCGCGCCGUUCUCCGGUAUUCAGUCGGCCAGGUCCGUUCGGGACGGACGACUUCGUAGUGGCGGCGGUCAGACAGCCGGAGACCUGAUGUGGUGCUGUAGCAUAGAGGGGCGAGGGGGGAACAGCGAACCGUGUCGGCACUGGCAUCUGGCACGGAAAAAAUGGAAAUAAGCUUCGUUCUGCAGCCAGAAAAAGAGGCGGACACACCGAAUCGCACUAGUAGACGUGAAGGAUCGAACCUGCUUUACUCAAACAGAAAGAAAUAAAUGGCCCAGUGAAUAAACUAAUAUGGCACCAAAUGCACCCAAACAUACGAUGGCGUAAGAAGUCGCAUAAAUUGGAUUUUUGUAUUUUGUUUUUAGCUGUCAAAAUAUCCAAUAUUUGUAAUAAUUCGUGUCAUUUUAUUUAAUUCUGUUACAUAUAUAUAUAUAUAUAUAUAUAUAUAUUCAUUUACACACUUGUGCGUUGUUUUCAUGUUUCGAUUCAUUUACUUGUUACAUGCAUUUAGUGUUUCUCUCUAAAAUGUUGAGUAUGAUUACAUUUAAAAAAAAUAUAUGGCCACCAAUUUUAUUCUUCAAAGAUUUAUCAUUAACAUAUGACCAUUUAUUUCCUUAUUAUUUUUUUCUUUUGUGACCAGUGAUAAGAAAAAGCAAUCAAUGAAAAUGGAACCUUUUGAAAUUAAAUGAACAAUAAUAUAAAACAUGAAAUAAGCAUGUCUUAAAAAUACAAAUAAAUAAACGAAUGAUAAGGAAUAAAUAACUAAGAAAAUAAGCAUAAAGUGACAAUUCUCCAUUUUAUUAUUCUGUAAAAGAAAUGUUUCAAAUAUCUCAAUCGUUUUUGUUGGAUUUUUGUCGGUCCAUUAAUUGCUCUAUUGAGCCAUUUAUCAAUUUCUGUUUUCACUGACUAUGGCAGGUUUUGCCUUCCGUACAUAGACUCUAAAUAGAGCAUUUUCCACAGCACACAGUGACCUCAGAUUUAGUUGAUUUCAGUUUAGGACUAAGCCUCUUGUUUUCUUAUGCUGCUUAUUCUUCAAAUGAACCACACGGAGCACAAAUAUUUAACUGCACCCAAGAAUAUGAAUAGCACUUGAGACUGAUCUUCUGCGGGAAUUUCCCCAGUAGUUUGUUUUUCACUAAAGCUGCUUAGAUUUAAAAAAAAAUAAUAAUAAUAAUAAUGAACUGUACUGUAACGCUGUCUUUUCAUUCUCACAAGCAUUUUUGCUUCAUUUUUGAUAGAAGAGGUCCUAUUGCCCCAUUUCUCAGGGUCCAAGUGAAGGUAAACUCUGCGGUUCCUUGCCUGUGGAAACUGUUACAGCGACUAAAACCACAGAAUUUUACCCGUUGUAUGAAAACACCCACAUAUGCACGCAAUGUGAGUGGAUGCAACUCUCAGCAGACAAACUGAAGUGCCAUCUCUUCUUAAGUCUUCCAGGCAUUGUUUUGGAGUGAAGUGCGUCUUAGGAUGUGAUCUCUGAAGGAAAAACCUGUGUACUAUAGUCGGUGUCUAAUGGUUCGUAGUCGUCUGCCCCCAUCUGGCAUGCAACCUGAGUUACAUGGGUGUUGCACAUUUUACGCUUUAGAAACAGAAGCAGUACGUGUUGGUCCUUUGCCGUCUGUGGAACCCUUAAGUGUGUUACGAGACUCUUUGUUUUCAAGCUCUGAGCCAAGCCGUUAGGGAAACAGAAGGCAGAGAGAUGCCGCUUGUUUCCAGAAGACAACGGACUUAAACUUUUGCAGCGAAAUCUGUAGUUUUCUAUGUAGCUGCGACGGUUAUUGUUCUCUCUGUAGAUGUCGUCUUUUUACUUCUCCUUGUAAAGUAACUUAGUAAAUAAUAAUAAAGACAGUAUAUGUUUAUUUUGUACAAAACGUAAAAGCUAUAGAUUUGUGAUUAACCAUGUUUACCUGGUUUCCUCUUCUUAGACUGGAGAGACCUCUUUCUGAUGCAGGUUGUUGGGCUGAGUGUUGACCGGGAACUGUCCGGUUCAGCGGCGUGUCGCGUGGCGUUUAUAAAGACAGAACCGACCCUCGUGGGACUUAUAAUUAUACCCCAUCCGCACAUCUACAUCCGAAACUUUACAAUGUCAUUUUGUGACUCCGCAUGGUGUAAUGGUUUUGGUUUCAUUGGCAGAGACCACUUUUUUUAAAGAUUACAUUCACCGUGACGUCGUUUCCUCAGGUUGACACACGUUUUUAUGACUGCGAUGCUUCAGCGAGCAUCGAGAGCAUGUUUGAACUUCAAGUGGAGAGUUAUACUGCACAUUCCUAUGUAGAAAUAGACUACUUCCUGGUUGGAAUUAGCUGCAAACAUUGCACUGCCAGUUAGCUGAAUUUAGCGGAAGAAGUGAAUAGGCUACGGAGCAAAGAACAGAAAUUGGGUGACAAAAAUUUUGACACUAGCCAGUAACAUUUUCGAGCAUUACUGUAGUCUGAAUUCCCGAGUUCCUUGUGAGAAAAAUCUAACCGAAUACUCAAAUUGGAUUUAUGACAUUAAAUAUCAUAGAUCCCCAGCCAACCUCAGAUUUGAUUGAUUUGGCUGCUGUUCAUAUGAAACGUUAAAUUGCUAGGGUAAAUAAUUUGCAUUUCUAACAUUUCCUAUAAAUUCACAGUGCACUUAAUACUGUACAAUCCCUGUAAGUGAAUGUGACAUUUCAGUACUUAAACGUGUCAAAUGGAGAGAGAAAUGUUAGUAUUAGCUUGCUUUGUUGAUAGAAGUUGCCCUAAAACAACUUGCAAAAACAAUUUGAAACAGGCCACAAGUUCAGAGCUAUAUUUCGCCUACUGAGGCGAAAAGAACUCGAACCAUUUUGCUCCUUCGCUGUAACGAAGCAUGGGCCGGUUUCAAAGUACACCUAGGAUUUAAAAAAUGAUGUUCAAAAACCCAAAAACUGUUUAGCAUUCCAUUCCUGCAGUAAAAAAAAAAAAAGUUUUUUGCAGUGCCCAAGAAAUUCCCAGUGACUGUAGAGCGUAUGAAGCAAAAAGUAACACAGAGGUGCACCGUUUUUAGCUAGCUGGGGUAAAAAAGCUACUACCCUUACUUGUAAGGCCAAAAAAUUGUCUGGAAAUAUUUCUGGCUGACAAAACAUGAGACCGUUGGGUUGUAGGAACUAAAAGUACACCAUUCUUCACUCUUUUUAAACUUUUAACCAGCCAACUGCAGGCUAGCUAUCAAAUGAGAUAGCUAAUGAACUAGCUAGCUAAGAUCAGCUUGCUGUUUUCCUGUUUGUUUGUGGUUCAUGUUUAUAGAUUCACAUAUUUACAGAUUAUUCUGCUUAAGAUAUUUUUGGUGCUUAAAUAAAAAAUAAAAAAACAGGCAGUUUUAAGUGGAGGUCCAUCAUAUAUAAAGAGCAAAAUGCUAAAAAAAAGUUAGAACAUUCUUCUCAUUAAAUAAGUACUACUGCUAAACUUAGUUGGUAUGUUUCAUAUAUGUUAUGGCUUAAAUCCGUGUAUCAAAAUCAAACUAAAUUAAUGUUAUAAAUAAUGUUAACGAUGCAUUAAGAAUCAAAGUAAUUUUAUGUAUUUCUUUAGAGGGAAAAAUUUGAUCCGUUUUAAAUGAGAGCGGUUAGGCCAUGGUAUAAACUUAUACUUAAAUUAAUACCGUGAAACUGUGGCAUUUUUAGGUGAAGGUUUUAAAUGCCAUGAGAAUCACAUAAAGGCUCAUUCCCAGUCAAAACUUAUUUUAUUUUUGUUGUUGCUUAAAAAAAAAAACUGUGUUGUCGAACCGAACCGACAGCCUAGCAGCACUUAAACUACCUAACAGUAACAAAAAUAUAGAAUGAUCCUUUUUAAAGGUGUUUUGAACAUAAAUUAUGUGUUAAUCUUUUUUGCAAAGCUAAUACAAUCUCCUUAUCAGAAAAACAUUUAUUUUCAUCUUUGACUGAGUCUAGCACAACUAAGCACAUAUCUAGAAAUGGUGAACCUCUCUGAGGAAGUUGCUGUUUUGCAACUUCUGGAAGACAUCCGAAAGCACUUCUUUGGGUUACAUUUGCACAUACGCAUAGUUUUUAAUUUGGGAAUGCAGUUGCUCCAACAGACCACAAGAUGGAGUAAUGCUGACAAUAUUUAAAUAGAGGGAGAAACACAAGACCGACAUGCCCAAACAGAGGGGAAAAAGAGAGACGUGUUAAUAGAGCAACAAUAAGAGAAAUAAGAGCACAUAAGGUUAAAUGCAAAGAAGCACAGUGGACAUUCUGAAACAAGCACACAUUGUGAUCCAGCCUUUUAACUUGCCUUUGUACAGAAAAGUUUAGAAGAAGCUUAGAGAAAUGCUCUGGAUAUUUUAACACCAAUCAUUCCAGCCAUAUGGGGUAUUUUACUACGUUUCCUUUUUAAUAUAUAUUAAGGCAAAGCAAAAGCAGGUGCCUUUUGACCCCAGGAAGUAUCAUCCUCUUUCUAAAUCUCUUGAUUAGCGUCAUUAAAUAAAAAAAAAAAAUCAUUAAAAAAUAGGGUUUUGCUUGCUGAAAGACGAAAGAAGAAGGUAUUUUGCUCAGUAUCUAGUGGGAAACAUGUAGCUCAGGCAUCGUCCUGUUCGUUUGUCGGCCUGUCUUCUACCGAUCCCCUUACUAACUCUCCUGGACCCUCAUCUUCUCCUGCUAUUGUACAGCAAUGUAAAAAAUUUAAAAAAAGACAAAAAGAAACGACAUAAUCAGACUGUGUUUGUGUUUGCUUUUGCUUCAGUGCGAGCGGGUUUGUGUUUCCGUGGAUCCGAGGGAGAGCGGGCUUUGACUGACUUUCACUUGUCAUGUUUCUGGUAGUGUGAUGUAGACGAUGUCAGGUGUGUUAUGUAUUACAUGUGUAAUAGAUUAGCUCUCGCUGCAGAAACCUGCAUGUAGAGCAGGCUGCUGUCAGCGUCGAUGUCCAUGUUACCCCGUAAUCCACAAGAAUUAACUCUGUGCUAUUCUACUAACGCCCAGUGAAAACCGUUAGUGGAAAAAAAAAAAAAGAGAAAUGAACAGAUUUUGUGCUAGAAGUUGAGAGAGAAGACUAUUGUUAUCUUCGGAUUUUAGGAAUUGUUUAUCCAUCUUUCAUGACACUUUGUUUUUGAAAUUGUUCCCAUUGAAGUUUUUAUUUUAUUUUAUUUUUUUCAAAAAAAAGCCAGCUGAUAUUAAAAAACAUUGCCAAACAAAAAAGCUUUGGAUUGAAACUUGAACUGCAACAGAAUGGAGACACAUGCAUCACAAUGCUUUUGUUUUCUUGUUGUUGUUUUGUUUUUUUCCCUUAACAGUAUUACAUCUUGUAAGCUGUUUUAACGCUGUGCAGUGCCAACAAUAUUUCAGUGUUUAACUUGGUGUUGGCGUGCGGCCGCCUUAGUUUUGAGCCGUCUGGCUGUUCCUGUCGAUGGGAUUGUGUGAAAAGCAGAACAUAGACACCAAAAUCACUCUGCAGCCGAGGCUGGAUCCGCACUCAGAACUUCACCUUCGCGUUUCUGUGCGAUGUUGUAGGCGGGAGGUGUUAUCCAUUUGGUAACAUUGCAGUCAAAUGAUCCGAGACGUAACGUGUCGGAAACGUAAACUGUCGUGUGCUCAACACGGAGAGUCAUGUUUGCCACGAUCAAGAGUAAAUGCAGAAAUAAAUUGAACUAGUUUGACUGCAAAACCACCAACAAAUGAUAAAAAAAAAUAAGACUUUUAACGAUUAUCCUCGCAAUAUGGAAUAAACUGACAUUUGUAUUAAAAUUUUUAACUGCACUAGUUUAUUUAUUGUAUCCUUCUAAAUGUACAUUUAUGUAUUUUCUUUCAUUUGUACUUACUUAUAUAAGGACAUAUUUAGUUUUGUAUUUCUUUUCUUUGAUUUUUUUUUUUUUCCCUCCCAGCUUUUUCAAUAUUGUCUUUCUUUUAAAUCUUUUUGUUUAUUACGGUCAGUAAAGUAAAAAAAAAAAAAAGAGUAAAGAAUUUUUAAAAAUCUGAAUCUAAAAGUGUCAGCUUUCUGACGAAGUGAAGCACAAUAUUGAAGGCAUUUGGGAAAAUAAAAUCAAUGAGAGUAAACCGGUACAGAAAUAAACAUGGAAGUGAGUAAAUAAAAGCAUCAUCAAAAACAAAACAGUAGGGAUGAUUACUGAUUAUAUAUUCCUCUUCAUACGCCAACAUAAUUAUCUAGAGUUCUUUUUUUGUUGUUGGAUGUUUUACUUUGCAUAAAGGCUGAAUUAUUUCUGUAUUUCUUUCUGAUUGUGGCAGGCUUGGUGCUCCACUGUUCCAAAUGUCCUAAACUACUUCUAGAGAAAAACAGAAUUGAUCCAGGUCUCCAGCUACUAUUAAGUAAUCGCUGACAUCAUCUCUCCACAAACACUGAUGUUGAUGAAAAAUAUACACACUUAGGAUUUUUUAUUUUUCUUGAGCAGACAAACGGAAACGUGGCGAUAAGAAAAACUCUAAACUGUGACCUUCUGCAUCUCUGUGGUUUCAUGUAAGUGACAGAACUUUACCUCUUGAAUUUCUUACUACUCUUCGUACGAGCACAUUCAUACUGCAGCACUUUAGUUGGGUUUUUUUUCUCUCUUUAAGAACAGAAUAUAGAAAUUUUCCAUUUGUUUUCCUUAAACGAAUAAAAGCACAAGAACAGAAAAUGAUUUGUUUUCCAAGGUUACGGCGGAGAGAAAUUGCAGUGUUGCAUUUGGUGGGAUGGAGAGGUUGAAAAGAGAACACAGUACCUUCUAUCAUAUAUAUAUAUAUAUGUAUAUAUAUAUCUGUCAGUGUAUUUAUCUAACCAUGUGUGUUCUUUCUUGUUCUUCAACCUUUAGGGCCAAAAUCCAUUGAACUGUCUUUAGUCCUGUCACCUGUAUAUCGUAAACUGUUGAAUUACAAAAUGGUAAAUAAAAUCUAUUUUAAAGAUCA